UCUUGUUGAAGAGAAAUGCUGAUAGCGAGACCAUCAAGAGGCAGCAAAAAGAACUCAACGGACUCCGGAAAUACAUGGAGACCGCGGAGCGCCAUUGGGACUUGCUGACCGAAAACAUCCUGGAGCCGCUUGGAUACCCGGAAAGACAUCGGAAUCUAUUUCCCCGGGACGAUCUCCUUACUCUCGCCGGUGAUGAUUGCAAGGAUCUCAUCUCCGCCUCCCGGAAGAUAUGUCACAAUUUGUCGCUGAAGAAGAGCCGCACCUGCGGUCUGCGCAAACUUGUUAAGAAAAUGGAUAUUCUUCCGGAGCUGGUGACGGAUCUGCAAGCUUCAUCAGCCCGAGGCGCAGCUGCAAUGACCUUGACUAUGUGCUUGGCGCAUAACCCGGAGAUGGAUCUUGACCAGGUAACUACUGGUGUUCCUCCGUCAGCAGAUGUCGGUGCGCUUUUAGACGCAGUAAGUGGCUAUGAUACCCGCAUCGCGCGGAGGAUCCGGCACGAAGAAUUCUACGACAAGGUGGUUCUUCCUGCGGACGACCCCUUGAAGCCGAACUUCAGAAAGAGCGCGACGCGGAAGCCCGACCUGCGGAAUCCGGAACUCAGUUUACCUGGACCAGCUCCAAGGAUGCUCCCCAAGAGGAACCCAAGUCCAGCGCUGCAACUUCUGAAGAAGAAGAAGGAAGUGAGGAAGAUGUGUCGUCUCCGGCUGAGGACGCCAAGGAAAAGGAUCCAGAGGGCAAUGCUUCUCCGUCCAAGGAGGAGUGAAAACUUUUUAUGUCCUGCGGGAAAAAACAAUGCAUCAUUUUGGCCCGAGCGAGGGUUUGUAAUAUAACUUUAAAUUCUGAAGUAGUUAGGGACGAAAUAUUCAUGCAUGUGGGCGGAAAAAACUUAUCCUGCGAUCCGUUUAACAUAUUUGCAUGUUUCGCCUAUUCUGAUUGAAAAAAGCAAGUGCUGGUUUGUGAAUGUUCCGGCUUGUUCACUUGACCUUCCACGAGCCGGAAAACCUGUAACCGGGAAUGCUCGCCUGCAGCGACGAAGCCCAAUGGCGUCCGUCCAUAACCGCGGAAACAAGCCCCCUGGCCUAGGUGCCGGAAGUCGCUACCAGGAAUCCAUGAAUUCGCAACGGAAAAUUUUCCACCAGAAAACUUAAGCUUACGUCCUAAAGGACGAUUUUGAAAAUCACAACUUUCAUACACGCCUAGGCGGAAAGAUCCAGCUCUGCGGUUUUAGUCGGUAA